AUGCUUGAGCAAGUUGUACACCGCUUGCAUAGUAAGACAUUUUCUUCGUUUGAAAAUGCUUCAACGCUUCAUUCAGUGCUUUAUGGUGGUAGUUCAGCUCUUCUUCACGACACCUACAUCCUAGUAUGCAUCGGAUUAAUCAUAAUUCUUGCUACGGAUCAAAUUGAUGCUGUCGCGAACUAUACCCAAAAAGGCAUUGACCACCUCGAGAAAUUUGGUGUUUUCUUGAAGGAACGUGCCAUUAUUGAAGAAGAUUAUGCUGCGAAGUUGAGGUUGAUUUAAUG